AUUUGUUGUGAAUAUUCCGGAGACUGCUCUUACUUUUUGUUUUUACGGAUUACAUUCGUUCGAGGGAGGAGUACGUCACUAGCUCACACGUCAGCCGGAAUCACACACACUAAUUGCUGAAAAAACACUUGCCAGCGCGAGUGAAUCCUCUCGGACGAAAAGCAGUGCGGUUUUAGCUGUACAAAAUGGUGUUAAUAGCGGCUGCCGUGUGUACGAAAGCGGGGAAAACAAUCGUUUCCCGACAGUUUGUGGAAAUGACUAAGGCUCGCAUCGAAGGAUUGUUGGCCGCAUUUCCGAAGCUGAUGACUUCUGGCAAACAACACACAUUCGUUGAGACGGAUUCCGUUCGCUACGUGUAUCAGCCGCUGGAAAAGUUAUACAUGUUGCUGAUCACCACGAAGGCAAGCAACAUUCUGGAGGAUCUAGAAACGCUCCGGCUAUUCUCGAAGGUGAUUCCCGAAUAUUGCCGUUCGUUGGAGGAGAAAGAAAUCAUCGAGAAUGCGUUCGAUUUGAUCUUCGCCUUCGAUGAAAUCGUUGCGUUGGGUUACCGUGAGAGCGUCAACCUGGCGCAGAUUAAAACGUUCGUCGAGAUGGAUUCGCACGAGGAGAAAGUCUACCAAGCGGUUCGGCAAACUCAGGAACGCGAAGCGAAGCAAAAGAUGCGUGAACGUGCUAAGGAACUUCAGCGUCAACGCAUGGAGAUGAAGAAGGGUCAAUCGGGAGGCCGUGGGGGUAGCGGUAGCAGCGGCCCAGGAGGAUUUGGCAAUAGUUUCAGCAGCAGUGGUGGUAUAUCUAGUGAUAGUAUUUCAUCGCUCAGCACACCGUCGGCUAACAUUGCCGAAAUAAACAAGCCUGCACCAGCUGCUGCAAAAUCAACUGCUCCUCGUAAUGCGCUUAAACUGGGUGGAAAAUCCCGCGAUGCAGACACUUUCGUCGAUCAACUCAAGAACGAAGGCGAAAAGGUGGUUUCUACGCCACUGCCAACUGCGGCCUCAUCGACGUCUGCGAAGGCGAAGCCAGUCUCGGAUGUACCGAUGGAUUCAGUUCAUUUGCGCAUGGAGGAUAAGGUGGUGAUUCGUAUUGGCCGCGAUGGUGGAUUGCAAACGUUCGAGCUGUCAGGAUUACUUUCAUUGCGUAUAUCGGACGAAAAGUAUGGCCGUAUCAAAGUACAGCUGGAUAAUACGGAUCAGCGCGGCAUUCAGCUGCAAACGCAUCCGAACGUGGACAAGGAGCUGUUCCGAAGCGUGAAUCAGAUCGGGUUGAAAAAUCCGGCCAAGCCAUUCCCGCUGAACACGGACGUUGGUGUACUGAAGUGGCGCUACCAGACACAGGAUGAAUCUGCCGUUCCAUUGACUAUUAAUUGCUGGCCAUCGGAAAAUGCAGAGGGUGGUUGCGAUGUUAAUAUUGAGUAUGAGCUAGAGCAUACUCGGUUGGAGUUACAGGACGUUUGUAUAACGAUCCCACUACCAAUGGGUAUUACGCCAUCGAUUGCCGAGUGCGAUGGUGACUACAAUCAUGAUUCGCGGAAGAAUCAAUUACUGUGGAAUCUUCCGGUUAUUGAUGCUUCCAGCAAACAGGGCUCGAUGGAAUUCAGUGUACCCAGCUCCAUUCCGGGUGACUUUUUCCCGCUUGAUAUAACAUUUUCAUCAAAAAUUCCCUAUGCCGAGCUAGCACCCGCGAAAGUAAUGCUGGUAGAAGAUGGUAGCGAUGUGAAAUUCUCGGCCGAAACAGUUUUCUAUACGGAUAAGUUUGAAAUAGUGUAAAUUGGCCAACGUGGAGGUGCAGGGAUACCGCAAAUAACCCCACCCCUAGAUGGCACGGGGUCGGUCGUUACGAUAAUAUAUCAUUAUAUUUCCGCUUAUAUUUGAUGCCGCAAUUCCACAGCACAGAACGGAGGGACAUUUAUAAUAGCAAAUGUUUAGCUGUUUAGAGAUAAGCGCACGUACGUCCAUAGCGAAACAUAAACAUUGCCGACAAAAGCACGAGUUACGGAUAGUAGUACCGUUGAAUCACUUUCCCAUCUGUUGCGCUUAGGAUGUGCGUUGGAUUCGUAUGAUUUUCGUUAAAUUUUAUAUUGAUUUUCUUUUAUCAAAAGCAUAUACCCUCUCUUUUGUGUGUAACCUUUUGUUUUUAAACAACCAAUUAAAUACGCAACUCCCGCCCGCGGUGGGAAACAUUCUACGAUAGCAAAGCUGUACGAGAGAAAACCAUUUAUUAUGAGCAUGUGAGAAAGAGAAAAAAAUGAAUAAUCCAAACAAUGAAAUGGUG